AUGUUUCCGCUUGUUGUUAGCCUCAUAGCGGUAGUCAUCAUAUGCAUCACACAUUGGCUAUACAGAUGGUGGAACCCAAAAUGCAAUGGGGAACUUCCACCAGGUUCAAUGGGUUGGCCACUCCUCGGUGAAACUCUUCAAUUCUUUGCCCCAAAUACUACAUUCGACAUUUCUCCCUUUGUCAAACAGCGGAUGAAAAGAUUUGGGCCAGUAUUUAAAACCAGUCUAGUGGGAAGACCAAUUAUAGUCUCAGCUGAUCCAGAGCUUAAUUAUAUAAUCUUUCAACAAGAAGGAAAAACAUUUCAAAGCUGGUAUCCAGACACAUUUACAGAAAUUUUUGGGAAGGAAAAUGUUGGGUCCUUACACGGAUUCAUGUACAAGUACCUUAAAACCAUGGUGUUGAGUCUUUUUGGUACAGAAAGCCUAAAGAAGAUGCUACCUGAAGUUGAAGAUACAGUGCUUAAACGGCUGAAUCAGUGGUCUAAACAGGAUACAGUGGAGAUAAAAGAUGCAACAGCUAGUAUGAUUUUCAAUCUGACAGCCAAAAAGCUAAUUAGUCAUGAUGCUGAAACCUCUUCAGAAAAUCUAAGGGAGAAUUUUGUUGCUUUCAUUAAGGGAUUAAUCUCCUUCCCUUUGGACAUUCCUGGUACAGCAUACCACGAAUGUUUACAGGGAAGAAAGAAGGCAAUGAAGAUGCUGAAAAAUAUGCUACAAGAGAGAAGAAUGAUGCCCAGAAAACAGAACACCGACUUUUAUGAUUAUGUCUUAGUGGAACUGGCAAAGGAGGAAACACUACUAACAGAGGGAAUUGCUUUGGACUUGAUGUUUGUGCUUCUCUUUGCUAGCUUUGAGACAACCUCCUUGGCUUUAACCGUAGCCUUAAAAUAUCUCUCAGAUUAUCCUCUGGUGCUACAAAAACUAACGGAAGAGCAUGAGGCGAUUUUAAAGAAGCGUGAAAAUCCUGAUUCUCACCUUACAUGGAGUGAAUACAAAUCAAUGACAUUCACUUUUCAGUUUAUCAAUGAAACAGUUAGGCUGGCAAAUAUAGUUCCAGGAAUAUUUAGAAAAGCAUUGAAAGAUGUCAGCUACAAGGGUUACACCAUUCCAGCUGGUUGGGGUGUCAUGGUCUGUCCUCCAGCUGUACACUUAAACCCUGCUAAAUAUGAAAAUCCCCUUGACUUUAAUCCAUCGAGAUGGGAGGGAGGAGAAAUAAAUGGUGCAUCCAAACAUUUCAUGGCUUUCGGUGGAGGCAUGAGAUUUUGUGUUGGGACAGAUUUUACCAAGGUGCAAAUGGCUGUAUUUCUACACUGCUUGGUUACAAAAUACAGGUGGAAUCCAGUAAAAGGAGGGAACAUAGUUCGGACCCCUGGCUUACAGUUUCCAGAUGGAUUUCAUGUUCAGUUGUCUGAGAAAAGGUCAACAGAAACAUAAACUAUCAAUUGAUUCUGCUCCAGAAAUAUAGUGUUACAAGUGACUUGAGCCGCAAUAAGGAAACACAUCAAUACAAACAUAACAGGAGAGGAGAACAAAUAUUUACAGUUUCUCCACCAAACAAGAGCAAACCGUGAAU